GUAAAUGGCGCGCGUGUCGCUCCGUAUGAUCCGUAUGUAUAUUAUCUCUCGAAACACUGUACGACUUGCGAUCGUUCGCUACAAAUAUGCAAUUCUCAAAUCGAAUCGACACUCACGGCGAAUGAUCAGCACGCGUAUCGAGGUGAGGCAUUUCGCGCGAUUUGGUUCGUCGAUCGAAAGUUAUGGGAACGUUGAAUCGGCAUUUCGUGUACUUUAUGGGCAAUAACAAUGACCAUCUCUCUUCGCGGAACGUAUAGAUUACGCAGGCUCGAAUAUGUCUCGCGUUACGCGUGUAGAAUUACGAAUUUCGGUUAUUUAUUCGCGAUCGAUGAUCGCGCCCGUUAAAUUAGGCCUGUUAUUCCUUUCAGCUGAACUCUCGCGCGGUUCAUCUUUUCUCUUUUUCUUUUCACGUUGGAGGGAGAAAGAGAAAAGAUAAACUGGGCAAGAAAUUGACUCGCGUAGUGUCGCGCGCGUCAAUGCGCGAUGUCAGGUGCCUUCCCUUUUGAAUUUGUCGGCCGUUCACGAAACGUUGCGAAUGCAACGGGAUAGAUCGGGCUUCGAAAGGGGCGACGUGUCGCGACGUAGUUUAAUUAGUCGCGGUCAAUCCGACAUUUUGAUAUUUUCUCGUUACGAUAACGCAUGAAUUUGACGUUCGUGCUGCGCGAACUCGGAGGCUGAAAUUCUACACAGCUCCGACACUACUCCGGUAAUUCCGUUAAUCGUUAAUUUGAGAGACGCCGCGAGCUCUGAUGAUAGCUUCAUCGUACGAUCCUACACUUUUCGCGUCAUUUAUCCGUCGUGGUGCACCGAAGUACGCGUCGCGUCGUGUGUAAUCGGCAAUUCGGAAGUACCUCGCCGUGCAAUUAUCGUAUUGUGUUAAUUAAUGCUCGAGUUCGUGUUUAACUGUAAUUUUCGGGAGUGCGUGAGAGUGAGUAUCAUGGACGUGAAACGAGAGGAUCUGAGAGGAGGAGCAGGCCCGGGGAGGCAACAGGCGACAGCGGAGCAACCACGAGAUCGACAUAGUGUUACAACGCAGUUACAUCUCCGCUGCUGCGCAUCGUAUCGGCUAUUUCGUACUUACCGAAGAACACGGAAGCCCAAUCGUCGCCGAUUGUAUAAGUGGUUUGUCGCGUCGCAUUUACGAAAGUGCCGUUUGAAGCCGUCGCAUUUUCGGGUACGCCAAUUAAAACUGUUGUAUUUCGGGAGUGCCGUUUUAAGUCAUCGAAUUUUUGGGUAAAACAAUCAAAAUCGUCGCAUUUACUGGAGUGCCGCUCGAAGUCGUCGCAUUUUCGAGAACGCCGUUCAAAGUCGUCGGAUUAUCCGGAAUACCGUCUCGCGAUUUUAAUAAAUAGCAUAUAACUGCGUCAAUUUCCACGUUCUCAGACGUUCACGACUGUCUCGUGCGUGGUCCUUGAGCG